AUGCGUCUCAUUGCUCUACUACCUCUUUUUUCUGCAGUUAUUCCAACGGCAUCAUGGAAGUUAACUGAGUCCUAUGGAGAAAAAUGCGAGGAUAACAAGAAGGAGCAUACCCACGAAGGCACUACCGGAUGGGGAUGCACCAUGAUCCAGGACUACGCUGCCAAGCGAGUCUACUUCGAGGGAGCACAAGGUUACAAAUUCACAUUCUACGACGAUAUGAACGCGUGUGAAAACCGUCACGCACUGGAGGAACUUGUCUCGCCCCAGGAUGGAUGCCGUGGGAGGAAGAGCGGCAAAGAAUUCUUCUAUGUUUACUUCAGAGUCGAUCCAGUGACUUAA